CACCAACGCCUGGAUUAACUACUUACGCGCAGGUGGCAGAACUAACUUAUCAAAGGCAGAGGCGUCAAAGGCAAUGGUAUCCACACACAUCACAAGCACAUGACCCCAAACCUGCACAUGGGCGAAGGGGUGGAGAGAUGAAGGAAUGGGGGAGUGGAUGGACGAGAAAGGGGAGGAAUGAAAGUACGAAUUAA